ACUGCGGCCGCCUCCACCGCGGCUGCUUUCGCGGGAGGCCGGGCGGAUGUACGGGGCGGCGGGCCCCCCGGCGCGAAGCGCCUCGGCGCCUGUGGUCCGCUCGUUGCGGCGGCCACCGCCGACGACCGGGGUGUCUUUUAUGAAUAAUCAAAAGCAGCAAAAGCCAACGCUAUCAGGCCAGCGUUUUAAAACCAGAAAAAGAGAUGAAAAAGAGAGGUUUGACCCUACUCAGUUUCAAGACUGUAUUAUUCAAGGCUUAACUGAAACUGGUACUGAUUUGGAAGCAGUAGCAAAGUUUCUUGAUGCUUCUGGAGCAAAACUUGAUUACCGCCGAUAUGCAGAAACACUCUUUGACAUCCUGGUGGCUGGUGGAAUGCUGGCCCCAGGUGGUACACUGGCAGAUGACAUGAUGCGUACAGAUGUCUGUGUGUUCGCAGCACAAGAAGACCUAGAGACCAUGCAAGCAUUUGCGCAGGUUUUUAACAAGUUAAUCAGGCGCUACAAAUACCUGGAGAAAGGUUUUGAAGAUGAAGUUAAAAAGCUGCUGCUGUUCUUAAAGGGUUUUUCAGAGUCGGAAAGGAACAAGUUGGCUAUGUUGACUGGUGUUCUUCUGGCUAACGGAACACUCAACGCAUCUAUUCUUAAUAGCCUUUAUAAUGAGAAUUUGGUUAAAGAAGGGGUUUCAGCAGCUUUUGCUGUAAAACUCUUUAAAUCAUGGAUAAACGAAAAAGAUAUCAAUGCAGUAGCUGCAAGUCUUCGGAAAGUCAGCAUGGAUAACAGACUGAUGGAACUUUUUCCUGCCAAUAAGCAAAGUGUUGAACACUUCACGAAGUAUUUCACUGAGGCAGGGCUGAAAGAGCUUUCAGAAUAUGUUCGGAAUCAGCAAACCAUAGGAGCUCGUAAGGAACUCCAGAAAGAACUUCAAGAACAGAUGUCCCGUGGUGAUCCAUUUAAGGAUAUAAUUUUGUAUGUCAAGGAGGAGAUGAAAAAGAACAACAUCCCAGAACCUGUUGUCAUUGGAAUAGUCUGGUCCAGUGUAAUGAGCACCGUGGAAUGGAACAAAAAAGAGGAGCUUGUAGCAGAGCAAGCCAUCAAGCACUUGAAGCAAUACAGCCCUCUACUUGCUGCCUUUACUACUCAAGGACAGUCUGAGCUGACUCUGUUAUUGAAGAUUCAGGAGUAUUGCUAUGACAACAUUCAUUUCAUGAAAGCCUUCCAGAAAAUAGUGGUGCUUUUUUACAAAGCUGAAGUCCUGAGUGAAGAGCCCAUUCUGAAGUGGUAUAAAGAUGCUCAUGUUGCAAAGGGCAAAAGUGUCUUCCUUGAGCAAAUGAAGAAGUUUGUAGAGUGGCUCAAAAAUGCCGAAGAAGAAUCUGAGUCUGAAGCUGAAGAAGGUGACUGAAUUUGAAACUACACCCUCUAGUAAAGCAAACAGGAGUUGUAGAUAAA